CGGCUCGGGGAGAGCUGGUGAGCAAGAGUCUGGCCCGAGUUGGCUGGAGCUGUUGCCAUGACAAGCAUUUUCUCAAGAAAGCUCUGCUGUUGAGACCGUUCAAAGCUGGGGGCUGGGGGGGAGGCACGAACUUCCUGGGAAACCAUCCCUCCGAAGAGAGCAAGAUCAGAGACUCCCGCCCAGCUCCCCUGCACCCUCUUCUUCCAGGAUCCUGAGAGGUCCUUCCCACUGGAAGGACUGGGGGAGGAGACCCAGCCCACUCCCCGGCCGUAGCUGCAAAGGCAAGAGAGCGAAGCCGGCAUCUCUAGCUUGGUUGCCACACUGGGGAGACCGGUGGGUGGUCACCCCACGCUGUCCCCAUCCAUGGAAACCCGGAGGGAGAGUCCCGCUUGGAGAAACCUGGAUCUUUGCUAGAAAGAGAGAUAUCCAGUUGUCAGCAGGAUCCAGGAAGCCUUCCUCUUUCUCCUCCUGCCGCUCUCUACCAUCACAGUUGCUGGUUGUUGCUAAGGUUGCUGCCAUGGUAACAUGCACAUCCUGUUUACACCUUCAUCUGGGCAAGUUGGUCUAAGCUAGGAACCUAUCUACCCUGGAUAACCACUUCCAUCACCGCCUGAGGACACCAAUCAUCGUAACACAAAGUCCGUCAUCCACUCAGUUCCCCCAGCCUCUUCCCUUCUCGCUGCCAGGCUUCAUACAGAAGAAAGGAUCUAGGCUUGGGAUUGCUACUCUGAAGCUUGUUGCACAAGAUAUAUUCGAUCUAUUUCCUAACUGGGCCCCCAGAGACACGAGAAGUAGAAAGAGGUUGGGACAGAAACGCAGGAGAAGCUGAUCAGUUGAAGGGAAACUCCACAUCUUCUCUGCCUGAGGGGCUCGGUAACAGCAGGCAAAAUGACGAACCCACCAGAACAUGGCUUGCGGGCCAACUCGAUCCACGAAGGGGACUUUGGCUGCACAGUGAUGGAACUGAGGAGGCUCAUGGAGCUGCGUUCGGGCGAUGCGCUGAGCCAGAUUACCGUCCACUAUGGAGGUGUAGAGAAUCUUUGCAGUAGACUGAAAACCUCCCCUGUGGAAGGUCUGUCUGGGAACCCUGCAGAUCUGGAGAGACGUAGGCAGGUGUUUGGACAUAACGUGAUACCCCCCAAAAAGCCCAAGACCUUCUUAGAAUUAGUGUGGGAAGCCCUUCAAGAUGUCACACUCAUCAUCCUGGAGAUCGCAGCCAUCAUCUCCCUGGUCCUGUCCUUCUAUCGCCCCGCUGGCGAAGAAAGUGAAGUGUGUGGUCAAAUUGCAAGUACCCCAGAAGAUGAAAAGGAGGCAGAAGCCGGCUGGAUUGAGGGGGCAGCCAUCCUGUUCUCGGUGAUCGUCGUGGUGUUGGUGACUGCCUUUAAUGACUGGAGCAAAGAGAAGCAAUUCCGGGGGCUGCAGAGCCGCAUCGAACAGGAGCAAAAAUUCUCCAUUAUCCGAAAUGGUCAACUCAUCCAGCUCCCUGUGGCUGAGAUUGUGGUGGGCGAUAUCGCCCAGAUCAAGUAUGGUGACCUGCUGCCUGCAGAUGGGAUCCUGAUCCAGGGGAACGACCUGAAGAUUGAUGAGAGCUCUCUGACAGGGGAAUCAGACCAUGUCAAGAAGUCGCUGGACAAAGACCCCAUGUUGCUCUCAGGAACCCAUGUCAUGGAAGGUUCUGGCCGGAUGGUAGUGACUGCUGUGGGUGUCAACUCCCAGACUGGAAUCAUCUUUACUCUCUUGGGGGCCCAUGAGGACCAUGAGGAAGAGAAGAAGAAGAAAGGUAAAAAACAAGGAGUCCCUGAAAAUCGCAACAAAGCAAAGACCCAGGACGGAGUGGCCCUGGAAAUCCAGCCACUCAACAGCCAGGAGGGACUUGACAAUGAGGAGAAGGAGAAGAAGGCAAUCAAGGUGCCUAAAAAGGAGAAGUCGGUGCUGCAGGGCAAGCUGACCCGCCUGGCCGUGCAGAUUGGGAAAGCCGGUCUGCUCAUGUCUGCUGUCACCGUCCUCAUCCUGAUUCUGUACUUCGUGAUUGACAACUUCGUGAUACAACGCAGACCGUGGCUACCUGAGUGUACUCCCAUCUACAUCCAGUACUUUGUCAAGUUCUUCAUCAUUGGCGUCACUGUGCUGGUGGUGGCUGUGCCAGAGGGGCUGCCACUGGCUGUCACCAUCUCACUGGCCUAUUCUGUGAAGAAAAUGAUGAAGGACAAUAACCUAGUACGACACCUGGAUGCUUGUGAGACGAUGGGCAACGCCACGGCCAUUUGCUCUGAUAAGACGGGCACGUUGACCAUGAACCGCAUGACUGUGGUACAAGCUUACAUUGGGGGCACCCACUACCGUGAGAUCCCGAGCCCUGACGUGGUCCUGCCCAAGGUCUUGGACUUCAUUGUCAAUGGCAUUUCUAUCAACAGUGCCUAUACCUCCAAGAUUCUGCCUCCAGAAAAGGAAGGAGGCCUGCCGAGGCAGGUGGGCAACAAGACCGAGUGUGCUCUGCUGGGCUUUGUCACAGACCUGAAGCAGGACUACCAGGCCGUGCGUAACGAGGUGCCUGAGGAGAAGUUCUACAAGGUGUACACCUUCAACUCGGUGCGCAAGUCCAUGAGCACGGUCGUUAAGAACCCCAGCGGCGGCUUCCGCAUGUACAGCAAGGGCGCCUCCGAGAUCAUCUUGCGCAAGUGUAAUCGAAUCCUGGACCAGAAAGGGGAAGCGAUACCAUUCAAGAAUAAAGACCGAGAGGACAUGGUGCGCACUGUCAUUGAGCCCAUGGCCUGUGAGGGACUGCGGACCAUCUGCAUAGCUUACCGGGAUUUCGAUGACGCAGAGCCCUCGUGGGACAACGAGAGUGAGAUCCUCACGCAACUGACCUGUAUCGCCGUGGUGGGCAUUGAGGACCCUGUGCGCCCAGAGGUACCGGAUGCUAUUGCCAGAUGCAAACGAGCUGGCAUUACUGUCAGAAUGGUGACAGGUGACAACAUCAACACAGCCCGGGCCAUCGCCACCAAAUGUGGCAUUCUGACAGCUACAGAUGACUUCAUGUGCUUAGAAGGCAAAGAAUUCAACCGACUCAUCCGCAAUGAGAAGGGCGAGGUAGAGCAAGAAAAGCUGGACAAGAUCUGGCCUAAGCUUCGGGUCCUGGCGCGAUCGUCCCCCACUGAUAAGCACACACUGGUGAAAGGCAUCAUCGACAGCACUAUUGGGGAACAGCGACAGGUGGUGGCUGUCACUGGGGAUGGCACAAAUGAUGGGCCCGCUCUGAAGAAAGCAGACGUUGGUUUUGCCAUGGGUAUCGCAGGCACAGACGUGGCAAAGGAGGCCUCAGACAUCAUCCUGACAGAUGACAACUUCACCAGCAUCGUGAAGGCGGUGAUGUGGGGGCGAAAUGUCUAUGACAGCAUCUCCAAGUUCCUGCAGUUCCAGCUCACCGUCAAUGUGGUGGCCGUGAUUGUGGCCUUCACCGGAGCCUGUAUCACUCAGGACUCCCCACUGAAAGCCGUGCAGAUGCUGUGGGUCAAUCUAAUCAUGGACACUUUCGCUUCACUGGCCCUGGCCACGGAGCCCCCUACCGAGUCUCUGUUGAAUCGUCGCCCCUAUGGCCGGAAUAAGCCUCUGAUCUCACGUACUAUGAUGAAGAACAUCCUGGGCCAUGCAGUCUAUCAGCUCGUUGUCAUCUUCAUCCUUGUCUUUGCUGGUGAGAAGUUCUUUGACAUUGACAGCGGGAGGAAGGCGCCUCUCCACUCACCACCCACACAGCACUACACCAUCGUCUUCAACACCUUCGUGCUGAUGCAGCUCUUCAACGAAAUCAACUCCCGCAAGAUCCACGGGGAGAAGAAUGUCUUCGCGGGCAUUUACCGCAACCUCAUCUUCUGCUCUGUAGUCGUGGGCACGUUCGUCAGCCAGAUUCUCAUCGUGGAGUUUGGGGGUAAACCCUUCAGUUGUACGAAGCUCAGCCUGGCCCAGUGGUUGUGGUGUCUGUUCAUCGGGAUUGGAGAACUUCUGUGGGGCCAGGUCAUCUCUGCGAUACCUACCCAAUCCCUGAAGUUCCUGAAGGAGGCUGGGCAUGGCACCGCCAAAGAGGAGAUCACCAGGGACGCCGAGGGCCUGGACGAGAUCGACCACGCAGAGAUGGAGCUGCGCCGAGGCCAGAUCCUGUGGUUCCGAGGCCUGAACCGUAUCCAGACUCAGAUCAAAGUGGUCAAAGCAUUCCAUAGUUCCCUCCAUGAAAGCAUUCAGAAACCCAAGAGCCAAAUCUCCAUCCACAACUUCAUGGUCCACCCUGAAUUCGCCAUAGAUGAGGAGUUGCCACGAACACCACUCCUGGAUGAGCAAGAGGAGAAAGAUCUUGACGCAGUUUCUACAUCUGGGACUAGCGUGUUCCUGUUGGAUGGUGAGGUCCCUGUAAAUGCCAACAGAAACAACAAUGCGGUGGAUUGCAAUCAAGUGCAAAUCGUUGCCUCCCACUCAGACAGCCCUCCACACAGCCUGGAGACAUCAGUGUGAAUUGUCAUUCUCUGACUCCCAUCCUUGCUUUCUCUAUUUCUUUUCAUUGUCAUGUCAGCUGCUCCCAAGUGUGUGUGAACCCCCACCUGACCAUGAAGAGGCAAGAGCACAGACCUACAAGGAUUUCAAGUUAAGCUUGAGUUGGGGUUUGUAGCAGGACCCAGUCAAACCCCAGGCAGGUAAUGGUAGAGUCUGCUUCAUGGGUGUAGCAGCUGUUAUUUUUAAAGAAAUGACAACAAUCCUAUUGACAUCACCCCAGCCUAAAUUCUCCCCCUGUGUUCAGACACGCGUCACCAUAUCCUGACUUCUGGAUUUUAUCCUAUUAGUCUGUGCUGUUUAUAAGCUAAAUUGAGGGUUCAGAGAGAGACGAAUAUCCCCAAAUGAAAUGGGCCGAAGUAGGGAUGGAUUGUACAAAAUCAUCCAGUAGUGUGAUUGUCUGUAUGACAAUUUUUCCCAUUUUGAACACUUACACCUAAAGGCCUCUGGCUCUUUCUGCCCUUCCAGUCAAACCUCUCUGAGGUUCUUUUGGUCUUUUGUGAUCCUUGUCUUCCUUUCCUUCGCUUUUUUUUUUAAUGUUUUGACGAUUAAGAAAAUGGAAAGGACAUGGGUGAAUUGAGUAAAUUUGACCAUUCUCCCUUUUGGCCCUCAAAGAACCCUUGAUUUAGUUCUAGAAUCAGACAGGUUUCUUUGCUAAAAGGGUCCUUUUGAAGCAAUUAAGAGCUGGUAAGAACGUUUCCCUGUUAUUGCCGGGUUACCUUCUGCUUUUAAACUGCCAUCUUAUCAGGCGUGUGUGUUGUUAAGUGCCAGGGAGAUCAGCCUUGCCCAUGAAGGUCACACAUGCUUGGCGUAUAGUUUUCACCACAGGCUCGAGCUUUCUCCUAUUCCUAAAGUCGUGGCAAAAGAAUGAGUUGGGUGCGACCCUGCCCCCUUGCUGGACUUGGAUAUUGAGGACCAGAAGAAUGGCAGGUCUAGGACAAGAUAGACCGUCAAAGCAGACUGUUAUGCGUCCUCCUUGGGGUAACCACUGCUUUCAAAGCCAUCUGCCACGGCUCUUCCAGGGCAGAACACGAUUGUUCGGGGAAUGAGUGCUGAGAAGCCUUGGGAGAGGCCAAAGAGCCAUUCUGGUGUGAUCUGAGAAAACCUUCCUGCAGGGACCAGGAACCUUGAGCUUAGGUGCCUGGGUACCAGCUUCAAUAUGCUCUUUAGUUUCUAGUUCUCCUCUUUGCUACGUCCCACAACUUAUCCAGUCUCUGAGAAGGUCCCAGCCUUUCUCACAUAUUCUGGUUUUGAAAAUAUGCAUCCAAAGUGGGAGGCCCCAGUGACAUUUUGCUGACUUAAAGGAGCAAAAUACCUUACUGAAAAGCCCCCCUUCCUCCCAUGCAAGCCCCUCUUUAGCCACGUGCUCCAGCUGCCGCCCACUAAAGCCCUGUGCCUUUUUCCCCGACACUGCCCAAAGCAUCCCCUUCCCCUCUGCCUCUCAGGAGUUGGGGACUUCGCUAGGAGAUUUUUUUAAGUGUUCCUUACUGGGACGAGGUGGAGCCCCAUUUGCAAGAGCUCCAUUUUAUCCCUGCGGAUGUCGACUUAGGUUCUUCCGUGCAGGGGCUAACUCGUGGCCCCGACUCCCAUAGCCUGCGAAGCAAGUGAAGCCCGCAUCCUCCUUCUAGAGCGACGGGAGUCAGGAGAGGGGGCUUGAGGCUUCUAUGAACUGCCAGAUCUCCACGUGUGAGGACGGUGGCCUGAUCCACGCAGCCUUUUCUGAUGGAUCCCUCCGCCCUCAGUCCCGUCACCUGAGCGGUCCGAGGCAGGACUGCAAAGAACCAACGCCCCCGACACAUCCCCAUUACUGCACAAUCCACCAUUGUAGGAAAUAGGAAAACAGAUUUGAUUUGGGUUUUGUAAAGCAGUUUUUUCUCUGUCUUAGAUACUCACGGGAGGGGCGGGGGGAAUUAGCUCACCAAGGCAUUAGGUGUUCACAUAUAUAUUCAUUAACUAACUACAUAGGAAGAUUUAAUUCUAUCAAAUCUUUUAUUACCUCAGAUCAUUUUAAAAGGCAAGCCAAUAACAAGCUUUGAAGGCUAUUUUACCAUUCCUGUUCCCAAAAGACUCUCACGGUGCCUGACAGGUUGCUCUUGAGGGCUUGUAUGUACUUUUUUAAAGUGAACAGUUUUUUUUGUGUGUGUUCUAGUUUCCAUAGUAGGAGGGAAAAUAUAGAAAUAUAUGCAAAAAUAUAUAGUUUUCUUUAGAUCAGAAACUGAUAUUUUCGAGUCAGCCAUAUGUAUUUUGUUUAAAGGAUUUAAAAUAAAGUGCCGUCAUGUAACCCUGUGGAAGGGAGCACAUAACCAGCCGUGUGACAUGACAGGUGACUUAGCAUAUUUGUAAUUGGUUUUCAAACCAAUACACCAUACUUCCUUUCUCCAAACAGCCAUCUUUAUACUUAGGGAAAAAAAAAAUUAUUGGGUUCUAGACUUUUUUAAUAUAAAUUUUGUUGACAUGGAAUUGAGUAAGUUUAAGUGUUUACGUGCAUAUGUUUUUUAUAUAAGUUUUUUCUAUUCAGUUUCAGUGAUCCAACUGGCAGUGAGUAAAUAUGGCAUAAGUUAAUAAUGCUUUUCCCCAAAAUGGUGCUUUGGAUUUGAAAAGGGUCUGAUGGGGAGAAGAACAUAUCAUCCUAGAUUCCUCUCUUGAUAAACCUAGGAAAACGGAUAGUAAAUUGCGGAUAGUAAGGAAAACACCCAGCAAGAAAGGACACAGCUGUCAGGAAAUGAACGUGCACCCCUGCGCCCCGCCCCCGACACGGAGAUGGAUUGCCAGGCUCUUCUGUAACUAGUGAUCAGGAUCAGGGGCCUCGGUUGGAUUUGUGUUUCUUGAAGAAUAGCUGGCAGAGUGGUACCAAAGACAUUAAUAUCUCCUGGUCUGUAAGGAUACUCUAAAUUGGAGUUUGCCUUUUUAUGGUUUUCACUUCCUGUUCCUCCUGGAAUUUUCCAUUAGUGAGGUUUUCUUGCAAGGAUGUGAUUUGCGACUCCUUCUCUCCACUAGAAAGAUUUUGUGCAAUAUAUUACAUAAGGGACAGAACUCUAAAUGGAAAAAACAAUGGCUGGUUCUAGGCCUGGGUGACUGUCUUGGGGCCAGGUCCUUCCCAUGGGUGUCUUCUGUCCUCUGAAAUGACUCUCCUAUCCCUAAAGGUAUUAAGAGAGAGAUCACCUAGACACCCCUCUGGACACUUGUGGAUUCCUUAGGGUUUGAGUUUCUUCUUUCCCUUGAGCUUCAGAGGGGAGAGUUUGCACAGUUAAAUCUAAGCGAUUACCUCACUGCCGAAAACCCGGAGGGGCGUGGCAAACUCGCAUGUGCCGAAAACCUCUAAGUGCAUCCCUUGCUUUCUUUCCUGCGUCCCUGGCCUUACAACCGAAGCAGCCCGUGGUACCUUCACAAUAUGCACUCUCCCUCACCUUUCAUAUCUAGGGACCGCCUCACUGCCUGGUGAGGGCGGGCGCUUGAAAUGCUUGCUAUUCUUAAGCCAUUCCGGCCUAUUCCUCAGAAUAGACCAGACUCCCUUCCACUUAGCUCAGUGCCAGUCCUUUUGCCUUCCCUACCCUGCUGUUCGGCCUGCUGUUCCCUUUCCUCUUGAUUAGGAGAGACGGAGGAAGAUUAGCUCCCCGUGAUGGAAUUGGCCUUUGGCUCGUGUUUUCUCCCCGUAUGUAUAUAUGCCAUAUGUGAAUAUGCCAUAUAUAUGUGCCAACGAAUCUAUCUACGUUGUUCUUUUCAAAUCAGCAUGCAGAUAGGACUUUUGAGUUUCUUCUUUUCAGUAACUAGUAUAACAAGCACUGGUAUUUUUGUACAAAAAGAAAAAACAAACAAAACAAAAGAUUGACUAUUGUGGUCUGCAUGACAUAAACAAACAAAUGGUGAUAUCGAAGCAAUGUGUACCCCAGUGUGUGUUGCCAUAAUUUGCAAUUCAGCUUAACAGUGCACCCAGAUCUGUAUUUGCAUUCUGAUAUUAUUUAAGCUCUAUGUACAAUGUUUUGCAUGUAUUUAUAUGGUUCUUAGGGAAAAAAUGGUAUAAACUGGCAAAUCUGAAAUUCAAAUGUGUUGUUACACUGAGACAGGAAGAACAGAAGAGGAGUUUUAAAAAGGAUAAUUUUUUGGAACCAAUAAAGCUUUUUGCUAAUGAGCAGAAACCAAUACUGCCGUGCACUGAGAAUAAAAACCCACGCCCACU